AUGGCAACCCUUGGCGUGGUUUCCUGCCAGGGGGUGAUUGCUGACUUGAAGCUGCAAGGGGACCCACAGGCAGCUGAGCACCAGUGUGACGAAGAGGAGGAUGACACUGAGGAGGUCUCUGGUGAUUUUGGCAGCGGGACAGAAGGUGGACACCAACCCUCAGGGAAAGACAGGGGUGUUCCGGGGCUUGUGGAUGCUGUUCCUGUCACCUCUCCCCCUGUGGCAGCGGGCACCGGCUCCAAGGCACACCAGUGGGGACAUGGGCAGGGUGACCGUCCCUGAGCACUACCGGGUCCCUUUUCCCUUUCCGCAGGCACCGGCCCCAAAGGCGAAAAGGGGGAGAAGGGCGAACGUGGCCUGAAAGGGGACUCGGGGACCAGCAGCAUCGUGGGGACGGGCAGUGUCAAGGGUGAAAAGGGGGAGAAAGGAGAACUGGGCAUUAAGGGCAGUGCUGGAUUUGGCUACCCUGGCUCCAAGGGCCAGAAAGGGGAGCCUGGCAACCCUGGCCCCCCCGGGACCCUGUCGCGGCAUACUGACAGCUUGAUGGUGGAGCAGGUCACUGGUCCCCCAGGGCCACCGGGGAAAGAUGGAGCCCCUGGCAGGGAUGGCAAACCUGGUGAUCCUGGCGAGGAUGGCAAACCUGGCGAUAUGGGACCGCAGGGGUUCCCUGGGAUGCCGGGGGAGCCCGGUCUGAAGGGGGAGAAGGGUGACCCAGGCAUGGGGCCAAGGGGAUCCCCUGGACCACCUGGUCCCCCGGGACCACCAGGACCCUCUUCCAGGCAUGACAAGCUGACCUUCAUCGACAUGGAGGGCUCUGGCUUCAGCAGUGACCUGGAGAGCCUGCGGGGUCCACGAGGGCCACCCGGUCCCCCAGGGCCACCUGGUGUGCCUGGUUUGCCAGGGGAGCCAGGACGGUUUGGGAUGAACCACACGGACUUGCCAGGACCGCCAGGGCUGCCAGGCAGGGAUGGGACCCCUGGGCCCCCAGGGCCAGCGGGUCCUCAGGGUCCUCCUGGAAGAGACGGGGCAGCUGGGCAGCCAGGGCCCAAAGGAGAGCGGGGUGAUGUGGGUGACCUCGGCCUCCCCGGUGCACCGGGACCCAAGGGCAGCAAGGGAGAAAUGGGACCAGCAGGAGCCCCGGGAGAAAUGGGGUUAGCUGGCCUUCCUGGGCCCAUCGGACCCCGAGGGCAGCCGGGGCCCCCUGGUCCCCCAGGACCACCGGGGCCCGGCUACGAGGCUGGAUUUGGUGACAUGGAGGGUUCGGGGCUGCCAUUUGCCGCCAGCUCCCCUGGACCACCAGGACCUGAAGGACCACAGGGGAUGCCAGGACUGCCAGGGGUGAAGGGGGAGGUUGGCAGCCCUGGGCAGCCUGGCUUGCCAGGGCCAAAGGGAGAUGCUGGCAUGCCUGGUGUGGAUGGCCGCCCUGGACUGGAGGGCUUCCCCGGACCACAGGGACCCAAAGGUGACAGAGGCAGCCCCGGUGAGAAGGGUGAGCGAGGCCAAGAUGGUGUGGGGCUGCCUGGCCCUCCUGGUCCACCUGGUCCCCCCGGACAGGUGAUUGCUGUCUCGAGCAGAGAUAAGUCUUUGGCAGCUUUGCCCGGUCCAGAGGGCAGACCAGGUCACGCUGCCUUCCCGGGCCCAGUGGGACCGAAAGGAGACCAGGGGUCACCUGGUCCCCAGGGCUCCCCAGGCUUGAAGGGGGAGAAGGGGGAGCCUGGCGUCAUCAUCAGCCCCGAUGGGGCUGUGGUCACUGCAAAGGUGAAAGGAGAAAAGGGGGAGCCGGGGCUGCGGGGAGCCAUGGGACCCUCGGGUCCCCAGGGACGAGCAGGGAUGAAGGGAGAGAUCGGCUUUCCAGGCAGACCUGGACGUCCUGGCAUGAACGGGCUGAAGGGCGAGAAGGGUGAACCUGCGGAUGUCAGUAGCAUGCUGGGCUUGCGGGGUCCCCCGGGACCCCCAGGUCCCCCAGGCCCCCCUGGGCCACCUGGCAGCAUAGUCUACGACAGCAGCAAUGCCUUCAGCGACUCCAGCCAUCCUGUGCUGCCAGCCUUCCCUGGUUUCCACCAGUUUCCAGGACAAAAGGGAGAGAAAGGCGAUGCUGGAGCCCCGGGACCUCCAGGCCACUUCCCCUAUGACCUGAGUCACUUCAGUGCCAACCUGCGGUGUGACAAGUGGGAGGCAGGUCCCAAGGGUGAGAAGGGUGAGCCAGGCAGCACCCCGCUCUACGGUCCCAGCAUCUCUGGACUGCCAGGGCCUCCGGGGCCCCAGGGCUAUCCCGGGCUUCCGGGUCCCAAGGGGGACAGUAUCAUUGGGCCGCCAGGGCCUCCCGGACCUCAGGGCCCCCCCGGUGUCGGAUAUGAGGGGCGCCAGGGCCCCCCUGGCCCUCCUGGCCCCCCCGGUCCACCCUCCUUCCCAGGCCCCCACAGACAAGCUGUCAGCAUCCCUGGCCCCCCCGGACCACCAGGACCCCCUGGACCACCAGGCACCAGUGGGACAUCCUUGGGG